GAACCUUCUUGACUCCUUUGAAGCUUUUUUCCUUCCUGGAGAUGGACGCGCAAAUCCGCAGCUGGCCGGGCUCGCUUCGGAAAGGAUGAAGAUGAGGAUGAGGGAAGAGUGAUGAUGGAGAUGAAGAUGAAGAAGAUGCUGAUGAUGCUGACGUGUGCCGCGCUUUGGCCCCGCGCCGCCGCCAUAGGCACAGGUGUCGGCGAGUGGGCGGAGCCGUCGUGGGCCUCGGCGGCACUGGCGUGGGUGUCGGGCGUGGUCGGCCUACUGUUGGUCCUGCUGACCUGCCUGUGCUGCAAGAAGACCCGCAGCGCCCGAUUCAAGGAGUUUCGCAACCUUCCUGAUGGCGAGGCGGACCACACGCAUGCCUUCACGCCGGCCUCGCCGGUCUCACAGGGCAGCCCGGAUGUGUAUGUCCUGCCCCUCGGCGAGGUGGCACUGCCCCUCGCCAGAAGGGCGGCGCCACCGGGUGAGCUGGAGUACACAGCACUUGCAGCGCACCACCUGAAAUGGUCCAACCUGAGCCGCCAGAGUCUGCUCUACCUGAAAGAGAUCGGCAGCGGCUGGUUCGGGAAGGUUCUUCUGGGGGAGGUGAAUGAAAACCUGAGGACCAAUCAGGUGGUGGUCAAGGAGCUGAAGGCCAGCGCCAGCAUCAAGGAACAAAUGCGCUUCCUGGAGGAAGCGCAACCCUACCGGGUGCUGCAGCAUUCGGCUCUUCUGCAGUGUCUGGCCCAGUGCACCGACGUCGCGCCCUUCCUGCUGGUCAUGGAGUUUUGUCCGCUGGGCGACGUGAAAGCGUACCUGAGGAGCAGCAAGUGCACGGACGGCGUGGGCGCCCCCGAGCCGCUCAUCCUCCAGAGGAUGGCUUGCGACAUCGCUUCAGGACUCAAGCACCUCCACGCGCAUAACUUCACUCACAGCGACCUGGCUUUGAGGAACUGCCUGCUGACCGCUGACCUCACCGUGAAAGUGGGCGACUACGGCCUGUCCCACACCAAGUACAAGGACGACUACAUGGUCACCCCCGACCAGACGUACGUGCCGCUUCGCUGGAUCGCUCCUGAGCUGGUGGACGACGUGCACGGAAACCUGCUGGUGGCCAAGCAGACGCGGCCGAGUAACAUCUGGUCUCUGGGUGUGACCAUCUGGGAGUUGCUGGAGCUGGGAAAGCAACCCUACAGCCUUUACUCCGACCGGCAAGUUUUGUCCUACGCUGUGAGGGAGCAGCAGCUGCGACUGGCCAAGCCCGUACUCCAAGUUCCUCUGGCUGAACGCUGGUACGAGGUGAUGCAGUUCUGCUGGCUCCCGCCUGAUCAGAGGCCCAACGCCGAAGAAGUUCACUUGCUGUUGAGCUACCUGUGCGCUAAGGGUGCCAGUGAGGCCGAGGAGGACUUUGAGAGGCGCUGGAACUCCAUGCGCCCCAGCGCCGGACACGGGAUCCAUCGCGGUCCCGCACCGACGACUCAUGAGCGGCCUUCGUCCACUUUGUCGUCUUUCCCUCUGCUCCAGCGGUUCUCACCCGCCGACGGCUACCACUCGGAGUCCGGGGAUGACGUUUUGACCAUCACCGAGACCAGCCACGGCCUGAACUUUGAGUACAGGUGGGAGCAGGCCAGGGCGGAAGAGUCCUACAGAGGCCCGGACUCCUCAAGUGCCCUCGGUCACAUCAACCGUCCCGAAGCCGUUUAUCCUCCGGCGGGCAUUGUGGGAGGCUGCCCCUUGGAGAGUCUGAACCGCAUCCUUUCUCCACCUUACUACCAGCCAAAACACACGCAUGCUCCAGGCGUCCUUCCCGUCUUCGGUGCCCACAGCCCAUCGGUCAACAGCGAAUUCUAUGUCCGCAUCGAAGAACCGGUAGACCGUAACAUCGAGCCCGACUACACCAUGUGCUCCUACAGCCCAGACUACCAGAGCAGCGGAAGCUUCCUUACCGGGAGCGCCGACUCGGGGGACUGCAUGGUCUGUCCGUCACAAGCUAAGAACUGCGACGCCUACUGGUCAGCCGAUAUCCACAACGUCGACGUUUACGACUCCAAUGACUCGAGUCCUGCCGUCUCCCUAACAAUGGAGCCCCUCUUAGGACAGGUCUGUGACAACAGCCCCCUACGCCCCUGGGAGACAAGUCACUAUGUGUCCUACAAAGACCGAGAUGGAGGUUACUAUUACGAGAACUCCCCGCCUGUGGACUUGGACCACUAUCUGAUGGGAGGAGGGCUCGCCACGGAGCAUCUUCCAGAAAGUUGGGGGUCAAGGAGCCUUCGUCAGGCAUUGGGCGAGCUGGAGAACCCGGCGGGAGUACCCAAGUCCCUCCAUCGUCCGUCCGAACAGGUCUACAGAGGCUCAUACCUGGACCCGGACCCAAGCCACUCCUCCAUCAUCGGCAAGACCGUGACCGGGGGCUACUACGACAUGAUGGGCUCCCUGAGGAAAACCAUGCCGAGUCACAGCAGCAGGCACGGCUCGGUCAGCAUUAACAUGGAGACCGAGCGGGCCCUCUUCGUGGGGCGCAAGGAGAGCGAUUCGGCGGAGGAUGAAGAGGAGGACAUCUUCAUCGAGAAGCACACGUGCAACACUUGGCCUUCCAAACAUCGCCACAGAAGCGUCGGCCACCAGAGACGAGCGAGUCAGAGUCGCGGACAGGAUCCGUACGUGGACUUUCACUACACCAUGCCGAGCACGGACAUCGAAGACUCUUGGCCGGAGGAGCUCGGCCUGCAAUACCACAGCCUGCCAAAGGGCGUCGCCUACCCGGAACCGCGCCGGGCUAAAGACAACGGCAGCUGGCGGAGUCGACGACCCCCCGUUGUGUCGCCGGACCGCUGCGACGCUCUGGCCUGCUCGUGCCACCAGAGUGACACCCACGUGGUGCCGAGGGAGUGCUGCUACCCGCACUUUGUUGACCCGCUCACGGGCUCGCUGGUGAGUAACCACUACGGCCGCGACAACAAAGUCAUGGACAUCCCGAGCAGGGACGAGCUGAUGAACCUCUCGCCGGCACCAGGAGGCCCGGUUGUGUCCAAACCUGCCCCGAUCGAGCCCGACGGCGGCAAGGAUCCACGUGCGGAUCUGAGAGCGGAAGCAGCGACGAAGCGAGACGUCAUCGCGGAACAUCCUCUCGUGACCAAGCCCGCCACGGAAGAGACGACCCGAAGUCUUCCGCCGCCUGCGGAUAACGAGCACGUGACGGCGGUCCUGACGGAUCCGCAGUCAGAGACCAGUCAAGCGGGAGACAGCGGUUUGGACCGGGGCGGUUCCAGCGUCAGCCUCACGGACAUCCUGGACUGCAGCGACAACAAAGGCGAUGACUUCACGGAUGACAUCACUGAUAUCACUUCAGGGAUCUUUGCCGAGGAGUCGGCUGAGCUGAGCGCUUCCCCCGCCUUCAAGUCGCUUCAGAAGCAGGGAGGAACGCCAGAUUCCAUCGAGUCCAUGGAUCUGCUACCCGUUGCCGGGUCUCGUGAGGGCUCCGCCACCACCUCGCGCCCUUCCUGCUCCCCCAAAGCCAUGGACAGCGGCUAUGACACGGAAAAUUAUGAAAGUCCCGAGUUUGUCCCAAAAGAACCUCACGAAGCCAAAGACCAAGAUGUGCCUCAGCCAGCGGUCCGCGCGAGCCCGACGGAGGACGGCGGCGGCGUCGUCGCUGCCCCGAAGGACGAAGCAUCUUGCGAAGAGCCGCCGCUGAAGUCGUGCGAGCACACCUUCUCACCGCUGAGCCAAGAGACGCCGUACCGGGACUCGGCCUACUUCUCCGACUACGAGAAUGAGCGGCAGGUGAGGAAUGAGCAGGAGGAAGGGCAGCAAACGGAAGAUAGUUGCGAUGAUGAAGAACCACCGACAGACACUGUGAGGGCUCCGGGAAGCACACGAGGGGAGGAUUGUUCGCCAGAACCAAGCGCAACGUACCGAACCGAAGACUGUCCCCAUGAUGAAUCGUUGGAUGGUUCAACGGCAGAAGGGGGCCUGGAUGAAUGGCCCUCCCAGGAGGAGAACUCGUCCCUUGAAGACUGGGCGGCAGAGGUCGUCGGGGCCAUGGAGGAGGCUCUCGAUGCCCUGAAUGGGAAACAGAAGUUAGCGCGGGAGCAAGGAAAAAAGGGGCCAGUUCAGGACAAAGCUUUCGGGCCGGAGGUGCCGCACAUCUUACCCAAAGACGAGGUGGCCUUGCAGCACGCCGCCAAUUCCAGAAGGUCGUCUUUGUCUUCGCCGCCGCCUCAGCCGGCUCCGGCAGAAAGCGGCGGUUCUCCUCCGGACGGCGGCGAGGCGGACGCGGCGGACGGCGACUCGGACGACAGCGACGUGUCGGAUGAGGAGCCGCGCACCUUCGGCGUCCGGGAGGAGGAGGAGGAGGAGGAGAGCGAGGAUGAGUGCCACCCGGUGCCCAUCGUGGUGAGCGACGACAGCCACGCCCACACGCUGCGAGGCCUCCUCAAGACGCCCGCCGUCCUGUCGCUCCACGAGGAGCUGGAACGCAAGAAGAGGAACGUGUCCUUCUUCGAUGAUGUUACGAUCUAUCUCUUUGAUCAGGAGAGUCCCACCAAGGAGCUGACUGCACACGGGUUCCCUUUGGCCGUCGAGAGCUCAGCCGGCAAAUCCCCCGAGAGGGUCAGCGCGUCUGACGACUCCUCUGACGGGAAUAUCUCCGAAGAGAGCGCAGGCUUCGAGUGGGAGGACGACUUCCCCCUGUUGCCGCUGCCGACGUCCUCGGCCGCCUCCGACCCGCCGCCCCUCGGCGCUCCCGAGGGGACCAAGUCGACCGCCCGGUUCUCCCGCUUCACCGUGUCGCCCUCCGUCGUGUCCCGCUUCUCCAUCACGCACAUCUCCGACUCGGAUAUGGACUCGGCGGGAGGGAGCAGCGAGGACGGCGACAGAGAGUGACUGCCGAGCAUUCACCAACCGGUGGGGGAAUAUUUUAUCGGGCAACUCGAGGAAAGACCGCAACUCUCCGAGCAUCGCGUUGAGACUUUGGUGGAGCUUUUUAAACUUUAAAAGUACAAGGUGACCUUUCAGAGACAAAUGUAAGACGUGCAUGUUGGGAAAAAGGCGACAAAAGUUUGAAACGGCUUCAAGGUCACGGCUUGAAAAUUGGACAUUUAUUGAUGAUUGACUUCUUUGGGUUGUCUUGAAGUUUUGUUUUGUUUUUUUCAGCGUGAGAGGCGGUGUUCUUCUGAACGAAUCAAGUCGUAACAUCCACCGAAGCUGACAAGGAACCGCCCCCCCCGCCCCGAGUUGGACAGCUGCGCAAUAACGCAAACGAGCCGCCGAUAAUACUGAUGAUGAUCACAAUAAUAAUACGAGUACUGUAGUCCAACUUAGGGGUAGGGUGGGCAAAGUGUGGCCCGCGGGCCUCCUCCCUCCUGUAAUUGGGGCCCACCGAUCAUUCGCGUGCAUCGGUUUCACUUUGAUUUUGGCAGGAGAGGCAUGCAGCUGAGAACAGAUUGCGGUUUGCA